CCGCACCACCUCCUCCUCUCUCUCUCUCUCUCCUCCUCCUCUCUCCGUGCAGUUAGCAGGCUCCCUCUCGUGCUGGACCGGAACCACCGUCAGAAAAUGGCUGUUCCUCCCACCUACGUUGACCUGGGAAAGUCCGCCAAGGAUGUUUUCACCAAGGGUUAUGGCUUCGGGCUCAUCAAGCUGGAUUUGAAAACCAAGUCUGAGAAUGGACUGGAGUUCACUAGCACAGGUUCUGCCAACACAGAGACCAGCAAGGUGGCUGGAUCUCUGGAGACCAAGUACAAGUGGGCGGAGCAUGGGCUGACCUUCACGGAGAAGUGGAACACCGAUAACACCCUUGGGACCGAGAUCACCAUCGAAGACCAGGUUGCUAAAGGACUAAAGCUGACAUUCGAUUCCUCCUUCUCACCAAACACUGGGAAAAAGGGUGGCAAAAUCAAGACGGCCUACAAGUGUGACCACAUCAACAUCGGCUGCGACGUCAACUAUGACAUCAACGGUACAGCGAUCCAUGGCGCGGCCGUGGUGGGAUACGAGGGCUGGCUGGCCGGAUACCAGAUGACCUUCGAGGCCGGCAGGAACCGGAUCACCCAGAGCAACUUCGCUGUCGGAUACAAGACGGAUGAGUUCCAGCUCCACACGAAUGUAAACGACGGCACAGAGUUCGGCGGCUCCAUCUACCAGAAGGUGAAUGACAAGCUGGAGACGGCCGUCAAUCUGGCCUGGACUGCCGGGAACAGCAACACUCGCUUUGGCAUCGCUGCCAAGUACCAGAUUGAUCCCGACGCAUCGUUCUCCGCCAAGGUGAACAACUCCAGCCUGGUGGGUCUUGGAUACACCCAGACGCUUAAACCUGGCAUCAAACUGACGCUCUCGGCCCUUCUUGAUGGCAAGAACAUCAACGCCGGCGGCCACAAACUUGGUCUGGGCCUGGAGUUCCAGGCAUAGAGAGAGACCGCAGAAGCACUUGGGAGACCUCCGAGCACACAUGCAUUCCCUACCUUUAAAUAUUCCAGGUCCUAAACUUGAUUAGUCUGCGCCCCACGACACCCUUCUCUCCCCUAGAUGUGCUACAGCCGGCGGCCACGUCCGGGUGGAACGUGACGACCCGUUUAGACGUGCCGAAGUCUUUGAGCCCAAUUCAGAACCAAACGUUCCAACAGGGAUUUUGAAUUGUGUUGGUUGCAAGGGCCAUGUAGUCCAGUCGUGUUGGCUUCUCUCACCACUACUUUUGCACCCAGUCAUGCUUUGUCUCUCUGUGCACGGAUGCUGAGUUGAAAAAGGAUUUUGAACCUAAAGGGUCUCCACAAUGCUGCUAUAAUUGAAUUUACACUCAUUCCAACAGUGCAGUGGUGAGAUAUUCCUUUAUAUGUUAUGGAAUAUUGAAUGAUAAGGCUGCCCUCGAUGUAGUCAGUAGCUCAGAGACUCACGACAUCCCCGCGUGUCCAUUCUGUUACGUCUCACUCGUCUUUUGUGUCUGUGCAUAUGCCGUGAAAUAUUUUUUCUUACAUAUAGCUUAAAUAAAUAUGAAAGUAUUGAAUAGUUUAUUACACAUGUGAUGUCUUAUAAAAAAAGGUCAAACAAAGGUGCGCUGUUUUAACGGGUUAAAGCUCUCCUCCACUGGUGCAUGGACGAGACGGGACGUGACGGGACGGGACAGGACGGGAAAUCUAGUGGUCAGGAAAUGGCCAUCUUCCACUGCUGGUUAUGGGACUCAUGCUUGGUGUUUAUGACACUAUUGUCAUUCUAUGAUCUUAAUAAAAAGAAAUCCAACCUGUG